AAGCACCUCGAUUCCCGGCACACAACCCGGUCAGCCGUGCAAACUCCUUCCACAAUCGACUCUGAGAAGAACCGCUCACCGGAGUACCACCGAUCUGCGAACAUGGCCGAGGAGGCGAAGCACCUGGAGACGAGCCGGGCCGACCGCUCCGUGUGGCUCAUGAAGUGCCCGACCAUUGUCUCACAAGCCUGGCAGGAAGCCACCGCCUCCGCCGCCGGAGGCCCCUGCCCUAACCCUAACCCCGUUGUCGCCAAGGUCAUCCUAUCCUUCGACCCACUCAGCACCGACGAGGACCCGAAGCAGUUCAAGAUGGAGAUGGCUCGAUCAGACAAUGGCAAUACACCGAAGAAUUACUCUUUAAAUAUGUUCCAGGAUUUUGUGCCAAUGUGUGUUUUCUCAGAGUCUAACCAAGGGAAGUUUGCAUGCGAAGGAAAAGUAGGGCAUAAAUUUGACAUGGAACCUCACAGAGAAAAUCUUGCAGACUAUGCAAAAUUAUGCCGUGAGAGGACUAAAAAGUCUAUGAUCAAAACGAGAAAAGUGCAUGUACUUGACAAGCACCACGGAAUGGGAGUGCGGCAAAUGAUCCAACUGAUAAAUGCUGCUCCAAAGGAGAAGAAGAAAGCAACACCAACAAAACCUUUUGAAUUGAAAAGAACACGAAGGGAUCGGAAGGAUUUGGAAAAUAUUCUAUUCAAGUUAUUCGAGAGGCAGCCUAAUUGGUCACUAAAGCAUCUAAUGCAGGAAACAGACCAACCAGAGCAAUUCCUGAAGGAGAUAAUGAACGAUCUUUGCGUCUACAACAAACGAGGACCAAAUCAAGGGACGCAUGAGCUCAAGCCUGAAUACAAGAAGUCUGUUGAGGACACCACUGCAACUUGAAGUCUAUAUAUCACUUUUUAUGCUAUGCUAUAACCGAGCUAGAAAUAGAAUAGGAACUAUAAUUGCCCUUCUGAGUUGAAUAUGGGUUAUGUCUCAUUGACAAUGACGACUCUGACCUGCUGCGUACAAUGAAUCGCAUUUGCUUCA